UCUGACAGAUGUGCAACUGCAUCACGUAGGUGCUCAUAUCCGGAGAGACACACACACAAAGAGGGAGAGGGAGGGAAAGAGAGAGACUGCCGUCCACCUCUCUCCUUUUUUCAUCUCUUCGAUCUGCAGACUCGGACGUGACCUACCAGCUCCUGGAUUUCCCAUCUCCAACUUUGUCUUUGUUGCGGUUUUUCCCUUCCCUUAUAUUCUUUUUCUCCCUCUCUCUCUCUCUCUUCCAUUGUCGCAUUCCUCCUCUGUCCUCCUUCGUGUACAGUUUUUUUUUUCUAUUUUUAUUUUUAAUUUUUUUGGGAAUGAACUGUUUUCCUACCCGCGUCGUUUCCAUGUCAGCAUGGGAACUGCCGUGUCCAAAAGGAAGAAUUUAAGAAACGAUGCGAUAUCUUCCGUGGCGGCAAAAGUUAGAGCAGUGCGAGCAUUCGGAGAGAACCUGUCCCACUCUGAAAACCGAAAAGGAUCAGCUCAUCUACUGUGUGAAACCUUGGUGGGUCCUGACCCAGAGUCACCAAGCGACACGACUGGCCACAACAACAACAACCACCUCCAUCCCUGCAUCAACAAGGACAAUCCAGAGCCCAGCCUGGUGAAACAGCCACUGGGCCUGCUCCAGGCACCUCUUCCCUCCAUCACCAUUUCUACCAAGCAAUCGCGGUUAUCCCUUGAGCGUAGCUUCUCAGCAGAGGAGGACCAGCUGAAGGGCGUGGAGUGCACCCUGCAGCCUGCCCGUGUGUACACCAUCACCACCCAGCACGGUAUGCUGAUGAGCAGCGGCCGGAGCAGCAAGGAGAGCCUAGAACUGGACGUCUUGAAGGAGAAGUCAGGGAGUGGCGGGGUGGGAUCCAGAGGUGGCUUGAUGCAGCCCUCCCCGUCCCCAUCUUCCGCCUCUUCAUCUCCAACCCAGUACCAUCAUGCCAGCAGCAGCAGCAGCAGCAGCAGCCGUGGAAGCCACCACCACCACGGAAUCCACCACCACCACGCCGUUGCCGGCACCAGUGUGCCCUCCGGCAGCGGUGGAAGCAGCAGCGGCAGCAGCAACCAGCAGCAGUGCCUAGGCAUCGCUGGAUCCAGCUCCCAACAUGCAUCACACCACUCCCACCACCACCAUCACCUUUCACAGCCCCCACUGCAGACCUCCGUCAGUGCCCACAAUAUCCGCAGCUGGGCCGAGGGUGGAAAAGGGGAGGCGGAGUGCAGCGGGCUGGCCUGUGACUCAUGCAGUGGCGUCCCCUCGCGGAGUCAGGGCUCCCUGGACCUGGAGAGUGCGCCCCGAGAGGCAGGCAAGCAUCACAGACGCCUAGAGCGGAUGUGGAGUGUGGACCGGAUGACUGGGUUGGAGAGAGAGGACACCAACUGGUUCCCCAAGGAAAACAUGUUCAGCUUUCAGACCGCUACGACGACCAUGCAGGCGUGAGUGAACUUCCGGAAGCAUCUACGGAUGGUGGGCAGCAGAAGGAUGAAAGCACAGACAUUCGCUGAGCGUAGAUCGAAGAGUUUCAGCCGUUCCUGGAGUGACCCUACACCUGUCAAGACUGACUCUUCUCAUGAACCCAAAGACAGCGGUGACCUGCAGACCUCCUGCAGCACCCUGGAUGAAGGGGGCCUUCGCGACACUCUAGACUGGGAGGAGGAGAGAGAGAUGGAGCGGCUCGCCUGCGAGGGAGACGACUUUAUUCCCCCCAAAAUCAUGCUGAUCUCUUCUAAGGUCCCUAAGGCAGAGUACGUUCCCACUAUAAUCCGCAGGGAUGACCCCUCCAUCAUCCCCAUCCUCUAUGACCAUGAACAUGCAACUUUCGACGAUAUUUUGGAGGAAAUAGAAAAGAAGCUCACGGCAUACAGGAGGGGAAGCAAGUUCUGGAGGAUGCUCAUCUUUUGCCAGGGAGGCCCAGGUCAUCUUUAUUUACUAAAGAACAAAGUGGCAACUUUCGCAAAGGUGGAAAAGGAGGAAGACAUGAGCCAGUUCUGGAGGAGGCUCAGUCGCUUCAUGAGUAAAGUCAACCCAGAACCCAACCUCAUUCAUAUUAUGGGUUGCUAUGUCCUGGGCAACCCCAAUGGAGAAAAGCUGUUCCAGAAACUGAAGAAUCUGAUGAGGCCUUAUUCUGUUGAGUUUGAAUCACCGCUGGAGCUGUCUGCACAGGGCAAAGAGAUGAUUGAGAUGUACUUUGACUUCCGCCUCUAUCGACUGUGGAAGACGCGCCAGCACUCCAAACUCUUGGACUAUGAGGAUUUUUUGUGACGAAGACACCAGGAUUACGGGUGCAGUGGACCCUCCAGUGCCACGGGGAACCUGUUAAAAACUGAAUCCAUUGACUGAACAUCGCUCAACUGUAGUGCUCCACUCAUCAGCUCAAUAUAAGAACAGUCACACCUGCUUUCAUCCUAGAGAGGGCUGGGAGGAGGAGGAGGAGGCAGCGGCCAAAGACAAACUAAUUUAUGCUGUGCCUCUGUUUUUCGUCAUUCCCAGACUGAGUGUCAAAGACUAACUUAAAAAGGGCCUAAACUAUAUAUAAUAAAAGAAGAAAAAAAAAACGAGGCAAAAAGCAGAGACAUCUGAACAGCCGUUUCUGCCUCUCAAGUGUAAAAGCAAAAAA